CCAAAACACCAGUACCCGAAUCUUCAACUCUGAUCUAAACCCUUAAACCCUUGCCAAAAACCCAAACCCCCAAAAGCUUCAGAUAAUCCACAGAGCAGCCAUGAAUAAAUUCAAGAGAAUCCUGACUCACUGCCGACUCGCUAACUCGCUUUCCUCCAGAAAUUACUCUGUUCGCAGCGACAAGGUGACUCAUUUACCUCGUAUCUCCAUUUUUCCUUCGUCUAAAAUCCAUUCUUCAAUCAAUUUCACAAACUCCCACAAUCAAAGAUUCUUCUUUUCAUCAAAACCCGAAUCGUUUAUCGAGAUUUUUUCGUCCAAUGAUUGGUCCAAGAAAUUGGAUAAAGAGCUCGAAGAUUCAGAUUUAGCCCUAACCCAUGAAAAUGUCAUGUAUGUAUUGAAGAAACUGGGCAAAGAACCGAAUAAAGCUUCCAGGUUCUUGAAAUGGGCUGUCGAAAAGAACGGGUUCGAGCCCAAUUCUUCGAUAUACAGCUCGAUUUUAAGAAUUUACGCGAAUAAGGAUUUCUUGAAGGAGUUUUGGGUAACAAUCAAGGAAAUGAAAGAGAAGGGUUAUUACAUCGACGAGGAAACCUACAAAACUAUUUUCUCGACUUUCCGCGGUUUGAAAAUGGAAAACGAGGCCACCGCGUUGCGCCAUUUCUACGAGAGGUUGAUUAAAGAAAACACCAUCGAGGAUAAAGUGAAACAAGUGGUCGACGUAGUUAAAAGCGACGAAUGGGGAGAAAAUGUCGAGAGUCAGUUGUCGAAUAUGGAAAUCACAGUCUCCGAUAAUUUCGCGUUGAGGGUUUUCAAAGAGCUUCGAGGGAAAGGGUACCCUGCAAAAGCUUUCGAAUUUUUCAAGUGGGUCGAGCGAAGUUUGAAUUUCAAGCACAACGGUGUUACGUACAACGGCAUUCUUAGGGUUCUUUGUUGGGAAGAUUCCAUUUCGGAGUUCUGGUUCGUGAUGGAUGAAAUGAAGGGAGCCGGUUUCGAACUGGAUAUCGACACGUAUAUAAAAGUGUCGAGGCAGCUUCAGAAGAAUAAAAUGUUGGGCGAUGCGGUGAACUUAUACGAGCAUAUGAUGGAUAGCUCGUUCAAGCCCUCGUUUACCGAAUGCAAUUCCCUUUUACGAACAAUCGCAACUUACACCACACCGGAUCUUGAUUUGGUUUUCAGAGUUGUGAACAAAUACGAGGCGGCUGGAUAUUCCUUCUCUAAGAAUAUAUACGACGGAAUUCAUAGGUCUUUGACUAGUCUAGGAAAAUUCGACGAAGCGGAGAAAAUCGUAGAAGCCAUGAUAAAGGCCGGAUUCGAACCCGAUAACAUAACCUACAGCCAAUUGGUGUUCGGGCUUUGUAAAUCAAGAAUGUUCGAAGAAGCAACUAAAGUACUCGAUGUAAUGGAGGAGCAAGGUUGCGUACCCGAUAUUAAGACGUGGACAAUAUUAAUAAAGGGCCAUUGUGCAGCCGAUCAAAUCGAUAAGGCGUUGCUCUGCUUUGCGAAGAUGAUGGAAAAGGGUUUCGAUGCAGAUGCAGAUCUUUUGGAUGUUUUGAUAAACGGGUUUUUGAGCCAAUCGAGGAUUUUGGGGGCCCACACGGUGCUUGUUGAAUUAGUGGCGAAAGCUCGAUUGAGGCCUUGGCAAUCUACGUACAAGAACUUGAUCCAGAAGCUUCUAAAUGAGAGGAAACUCGAGCAAGCUAUGGAGCUUCUUCGUUUGAUGAAAAGACAUAAUUACCCUCCUUUUCCGGAGCCUUUUGUGAGGUAUAUUUCGAAAUUUGGAUCGGUGGAGGAGGCUAAGGAGUUCUUGAUGGCUUUGAGUGUGAAGGAAUAUCCGACUGUUUCGGCUUAUCAACAUGUGUUUAAGUCGUUCUUUGACGAGAGUCGACACUCUGAGGCUAAAGAUUUGCUGUUUAAGUGCCCGCAUCAUAUUCGUAAGCACCCUGCAAUUAGUGCUCUGUUUGGUUCGGCUGAUUAAUGACAGAUGUUUUAUGUUAGCUUGAAUGCAAAGGAGAAGAAAGAAAUUUAAUAAGAGUUGUGGUUUGUGAUGUGUGUGAUUUCAAACGUUACAUCGUAUUUGAUUAUGUAUUUGUAAUUUGCAUGUACACCUUUUGUGGUUUCUGCAAAGAAAUUUUGAUCCCUUUCGUGACUUUUUUGUUACUGAGUUUGAUCAGUUCUUACACCAAAUAAUUUUGUUGA